CGACGACAAGAGAAUGUGGAGGGUCAGUUCUUUGUUGACCAAACCUGCAUCGACUGCGAUACAUGUCGCUGGAUGGCCCCCGCCACCUUCAGCCGCGUGGGCCGCCAGAGCGCUGUGGUGGCGCAACCCGCGGACAGGGCGGGGCGAGUGCAGGCGCUGAGGGCCCUCCUGUCGUGCCCCACUUACUCGAUCCACGUGACCAACCGCUCUCCGGACGAGCUCCGGGAGGCCCAGGAGGGCCUACCGGCCCCGGGUACGACAACCAGCGCGGAAGGAGUGUACUACACGGGGUGGUCGGCGGUGUCGUCCUUUGCGGGCUGCGCUUACCUCGUCGUACGGCCGGCCGGCAAUAUCCUCGUGGACGUCCCGCGCUACAACCCCGUGCUCGCUCGCCGUAUCGAGGCGCUGGGGGGCGUCAAGUACAUGUUCCUGACCCACCGCGAUGACGUGGGCGGACACGAGGACUGGGCCCGGCACUUCCGCGCCACUCGCAUCUUGCACGAGCUGGAGGUCAAUGAGGAGCAGGCAACCGACACAGCGGGAGCAACUGGCGCCGCUGACGGCGUCGACGACGAGGCCGAUGUGACGUUCAUCUUCACACCGGGUCAUACCGAGGGCCACGUGUGUCUGUACUACGCGCCGUACAAGGCGCUGUUCACCGGAGACCACCUGUGUUCCGCGUCGGGUAAGGACGAGCUCUACAUCUUCAACAAGUUCAACUGGUUUAGCGUCUCCGAGCAGCUCCGUUCCGUACACAAGCUACUGCAGUUCGACUGGCUACAUGUAUUGCCAGCCCACGGUCGUAGGGCCCACCUGCGAGACGCCGCCGCCCGACUGGCGGCCGUCAGCAACCUUCUGUCG